AACAACAACCAGAAGGGAGAGUUACACGUGGUUUUUGACGUGUUUUCAAUGCCGGGGAUGGUGGGGAGGGUUGUCAUUUGACUGGCGGUUACCGGACGAGACCAUCUUCACUUCAAAUCCACUUGGUCACCACACACAUGAAAAUGGCAGCAUGGUAAUGUGGACCGUGGACUCCGGAAUUCCUCGAUGCCGCUGUCGCCCCAUCGUGCCUUCGUGAGUGUCACCGCCGCGCCGAGACCCUCCACCACCAUGGCCCCGCCGCUGCCCCCACGCCUCACAUCUGUCAGAACGGCUUGGGUGGUAUUGGUGGUUGUCGUCGUGGUGCUUCUGAUGUCGGCGUCCACCGCGGAGGGCUCCCAGGGUGACAAAGAGCCGGUGUACCGAGAUUGCGUGAAGCAAUGUGUCCAAAGCAACUGCACCGGAGCUCAGUUGUGGUGGUACCAGACAGUCCAGCCGCAUUACAUGGCGCUGACAGGAUGGACUUGUCGUGACGACUGUCGCUAUGAGUGCAUGUGGACCACUGUGGGUCUUUACCAGGCUGGAGGCUACAAUGUCCCACAGUUCCACGGCAAGUGGCCGUUUACACGCUUCCUGUGCUUCGAGGAGCCGGCGUCCGCCCUCGCCUCUCUCCUCAACGGCCUGGCGUGCCUUCUCAUGCUGUUGCGCUACCGGAGCACCGUGCCACGCCAGAGCCCCAUGUUCCACACCAUUAACGCCUUCUCUCUGGUGUCGCUCAACGCCUGGUUCUGGUCCACAGUGUUUCAUACCCGUGACACCUUCCUCACUGAGAAAAUGGACUAUUUCUGUGCGACUGCAGUCAUUCUCUACUCCAUUUACUUGUGCUGUGUGAGAACGUUGGGCCUGAAGCACCCUUGGGUGUCCAGCAUCGUGGGGGUGCUGCUCAUCUUGGCCUUCACGUCGCACAUCUCCUACUUGACCUUCGUCAGGUUCGACUACGGCUACAACAUGGCUGCCAACGCCUGCUUUGGCAUGGUGAACCUGCUGUGGUGGCUUUGCUGGUGCUGGAGCAACCGGCGGACGCUGCCGUACUGGUGGAAGUGUGGCCUGGUGGUAGUGCUCAUGCACGCCCUGGCCCUGCUGGAGCUGUUGGACUUCCCGCCUUAUUUGUGGGUCCUGGACGCGCACGCCAUUUGGCACCUGAGCACCGUCCCCGUGCACUUCCUUUUCUACAGUUUCCUGAUCGACGACAGCCUCUACUUGCUAAACACUGAGAAGCUGGGCGUCAAAGUGGAGUAGGGGCGGAGUCCUGUUGGCCGACGCCGCUGGACCUCUCCGACGGCGGCCGACGAAGCCUUCGACGUAGAAGUAGACCCGCCUCCCGCCUGACCUGCAUGACACCUUCCAUCAGGCACAUCUGUUUACAUUGUUUUAUUCGAAUUAUUUAUUUCCUUUUUAGUUGCCUUAUUCAUCUUGUUGAAAAACAAGUGAAAUCGUUAAAGAUUUGAGAAUCGACAUUUUUUUGGGUCCACUGAAGAACUUCUUUCCCCAAAUCUGAGUUCAGCACAAAUGCAGUUUAUGCUUCCCUUUGAUAGGGGGCGUCAACAUCCCCUGUGUCGAAAGUGGCAGAGUGGUGCCCCCCCGCCGUUUGGUGGAUUGUUCUAGAAAGAAUGGGAGGAGGUUAUUGUUUGUUUUUGCUGACCGGUAUAUUUUUCUUUUUUUAUUUUGUGCCUCUGGUGGCUCCUUUGCUGCUUUUGUUCAUUUUUUAUUUUAUUCUAUCUAUCACCCACUUCCUUAAUUCUUAUUUUUUUUAAUUACUUUACGGUGCUUUAUUUUUUUUAAAUCACUCUAGAGUGGAUGUGCUUGACGUGCAUCAUGGAAGUGAUAUAAUUUUAUUCACCUGGAUUGCCUUUUUAGCGUGAGGAACCAAUGAGAAGCAUUUCUGAAAGUAUUGAGUAAUGAUUCUGUUGGCCUUUGUAUGGAUUUCAUUGCUGCAGUAUUCCCUCUGAAUGGCGCAUACACCCGCAAAAUGCACCCAUGUGGAAAAUGGGGCUGGAAAAUUUCCUCCUCCCCCAUUCCCGCUCCCCCCCUCAAUAUUGAGGUUGUGAUUUAAUACGUGAUAAUUUUUUAGGUUGCCAUCCCAUUAUAAUUAUUUUUUAAUCUAAACCAAACCCCCAAAAAUUGUAUCCCCCUCCUACUAAAAAAAAAAAGUAACCUUGAAUUGAAAGAUGUUCACUACAACACCUUUGUAAAAUUUGACCAAACAGGUAUGGCUCAAACACAAGUCAGUAAGUCAUCAGGAAAAUUACAACACACCGGGGAAUCCGUGGCGUUGCAAUGUUGGUUUGAAUUUAAUUCUUCUUCCGGUAUUCACAUUCUGGCAUCAUUUCUGCCUCAUACUUGUAAAUGAGCACAUUGCCCUCCAAGCUGUCAUCAUACCAUGUAUGUGGUCAGUGCAUUGCUUUUCCUAUCUUCCUUUGUCAACAUACUAUGUCCCUUUUCAUUGCCCCCAACGCCUCAGUCCACCUCACACAGAAAAGCACAUUAAAAAAAAAGAAUAAAUAAAAAGAUUCUUUGUCGAUAAAGGAGGACGCUCA